AUGGCCUUCGCAAAGCGAUCGGCUCGCGUGGAACUGCCACGAAUGGCAGGAGAGUCCCCAGCCCUGGGCCGCAGCGGCAGCGUGGCCUCCAUAGCCUCCAGGAAGAGGCUCCCAUCCUCAGUUCCCAAAGUCUUUGUGAUCACGGGAAAUCCUGAAAGCGCCAAUCUGGAUGUGGUUCGGGAGGAACUCAUCAACAGAGGCUUCACAGAAGGCGAAGGGGAGGAGUUUCUGUUGAAGUGGGGUCCUCGUAGCAAGGUGGAUUGGAGAGCUUUGGCUCCGCCGCAAUUGGUGAAUCAUUACGAGCAUGACUUCGCACUGACAACAAAGUCAGGUUUGGCUGAAGCGCUUCAAGCUUCCAGCUCUCCUGUGGACUCCCGAGACUUCUAUCCCACGUCCUUCCACCUUGACAGAGCAUCCGCCAUCUUUGAGUUUGCCCAGGAGUUCAAAUUUUCAAAGGCUUGGUGCUUACUGAAAGAAUGGUUGGCGCACCAGGAAGGAGGGAUCGUUCCCGAGACCUUUUCAGAUGCUGUGAUCCGCACGGCUUUGCAGGUGGUGAAACGCCGCAUGGAAGACAUCGAUUCGCAACUCAUGGCUGACACCAACGAGGCCAAGCAGGUGGAUUUCGCCGUGAAGCGUCGCGAGUGGGACGUGCUCUCGGCGGCGGACUUCGACCACCCCGGCGUCAACGGGCCCUGUGAGGAUUGGUUGCACGAUUCCUUGAGACGACAGCAGGCGAAGCAGGAUAAGAAACAGCUGCUGGAGAAGUACGACAGGAAACUGCAACAGAUUGCGGAACACUCCAAGGUGAAAGGUCGAAGGAAGAAGGGAUCACUGACAAAUCUGAAAGAUCCCAAAGCCAAAGCCAAGGAAGAUUUGCCGAUAGAGAAGGAGCCCAGCUGUGUGCGGAAGGUGAAAUCUGAACGGAUCUUGGAGGAGCCACCUGAGCUCACGGGUCUGGCCUUGCACGAUGCUGUGGUGGCAGCAUCCUGGCCAUGA